AGACAGACAGACAGACAGACAUGUGUUUUGUGCUGACAGAUCACAUCUAAGAUGAAAAUAGAAGUGGAUAAGAUCAUCACUGAAUAUGGAACAAACCCUGACAAUCAACGACAUUGGAAGCUUCUGGAUAAUGUACAGCGCUAUGGGCACUGCUGUGGUAUGCAGAGUCCUAAUGACUGGCAGAGCAACAUGUUCAUUAAGAACAACAGUCUGAUAGAGGUGUAUCCCUGUUCCUGUUUCAACACCACGGACUGUCCUGCCAUCUCAGGAUUCAGCACACUGCUGUUUGGAAAUGGAAGUGAAACACAGAUCCAUCCACAGAGAUGUGUAGACAUAAUCACCAACUGGCUGAAGGAGAACACUUUGACAAUAGUGGGAAUGGAAGUGGGCCUGCUAAUCAGUCAGGUCCUCCAGUUUAUAGUGGCUGUGUAUCUGUACCAGACUGUUGGUCAGAAAGUCAAGCUGAGAAAUGUUAGUCAACUGAUUCUCUCUGAGGACCAUUGUGAACCAAACCCUGACUACCUUGAUGACCCUGACUACUCUGACCAAAACCAUGCCUAUCCUGAACCAAACCAGGCCUACGCACAUACAAACCUUGCCUACCCUGAAGAAAUCCUUGCCUACCCUGAUGACCAACACCCGGCCUACUCCGGACCAAACCAUUUCUACCGCUAACCAGGACCAGAGUGUUGCUGUAUGACAGAAGACACUUUGGGUGCUAACAUUGAAUUGCUCAGUGGAGGCUGGUGAGAGGACAUAUAGGAGGAUAGGCUCAUUGUAAUGGCUGGAAUGGAAUGAUUUGAAUGGAGUCAAACGUGCUUUCCAUGUGUUUGAUACCAUUCCAUCAAUUCCAUUCCAGCCAUAACAAU